AUGAAUUUAUCUGUGUUUUUGUUGUAUUUUGGCCUUCUCCUCUUCCAUCUGGAUCAGAAUGGGAGAAGCGUCGCUGCCCAAACGGAACGUCCAGUCGUCACUCCACAAAACAAUAAUUUAACUUAUUUAAAUUGUUUGCCUGCCGAAACAUUCAUACAAACUCACAUGGCGCCGGACUUUUUAUCGCCUCAACUGGUUCGACGACUUGAUUGGUUUCAUGAAGAUGCUCUCAUUGCCAGCUAUCAACAGAAUGUCAUCGAUGAUUCGUCCAGGCAAUGGUGGGUGGCUGAUAAACGAUUUCAAUUGGAAAUUCCAUUUUAUACACUCAAAAUUAGCCCAGUAUUACCUGAAGAUGCUGGAAUAUAUCGCUGUCGACUAGAGACUGAUCCUCUGUUUGCCUUGACCAUGAGCUCAGCGCAAGUUCAAUUGGCCGUGUUAGUUCCACCCGUUCCUCCAUCCUCACCGGAAAUUCAAACAUCUAAUAAUCAUUCCGCAACUCUAGUAUGGAAUCAUUUAACAGCUCGAGCUCAUCGCCCGAUCGUUCGUUACUCUGUUGCUGUUCGGAGUCUUUCGAAUAAUCAUCGUUUCAUCAUACCAGCUCCUUCAAAUGCAACAUCUGUCAUCGUUGAUAACCUGUCACCGUUUACCUUAUAUGCGUUCUCCAUUCGAGCUGAGAACAAUGCUGGAAUGAGUGACUUCGGCCCGGAGACGAAACAUCGUACACCAGGGAAUGCUCCAUCUCAACCACCUGUCUUCAUAUCUAUGACAAAUGGAAGUGCGGGAUGUGUUUCAAUGAGCAUUUUACCACCAGAAGAAAUGCAUGGUGACAUUAAAUCUUAUACGGUCAUCACGUCGAAGAGUGAUGAGAGCGAAUCGCGGAGAGAAUACUUUCCUGGAAGUACCCCGAUCCCGCUAAACAUCUGCAACUUACAAUCUAACACUGUGUAUUCCAUAGCUGUCAGUGUUGAAAACGACUUUGGUUUAUCUCCUCCACUCAAAAAGCUUUUCCACUCUGACGAGAUAGUCGCUCCAUUGAUGCCUACUCAAAUGAAAGUGUAUUCCAUGUUAGGGUCGCCAAGGCUCGUUGUCAAAUGGAAAAUGGACAUUUCUGAUGUGAAGCUAGUGAAGCAGUUCAAUAUUUAUUAUAAAAUCAAUGAGCAUAUCCAUUGGAAGGUUGAACACUUGCCAGUUCUUGAUAGCACCGCUACCAGUUUUCGGCAUGAAAUUGGUGGACUAGAUGCAAAUACGGCUUAUCACGUUCGUCUUUCUGCCACUACCGUUAAAGGAGAGGGACCGAAAACUCGACAUCAUGUGGUCACGACUGAUUUCGAAGUUCCACCACCUACUCAGUUGACAGGAUUAUCUUAUGAUUGCCAAGGUGGUAUCAAGAUGGAAUGGCAUAGAAUGAAAGGAAGAGCAGAGUAUCGGAUUGAAAUGGGGAACAAAACACGCAAUCUGAUAUUCAACACCACCGUCAAUAAACUUGAUGUCACUGAGCUAGCUCUCUAUAGUGAGUAUGAUGUUAGGAUUCAAACUACUGUGAUCAGUUCCGUUGAUAACCGGACCCGUAUUCAAGGGCCUUGGAGUGAAGUUCAUCAUUUUAUUCUGAAUGAUCAAUGUGCUUACUACUCAUCCAUUUGUGCCAACAACGCGAAGUGCCAACGUCUAGUACAGGCAUAUCCUAGUCGACGAUUUACUUAUCUUGUUGUUAUUGUUGCUUUAGCCGUUUUCGUACUCUUAUGUUUCAUGGUAGCAUACAUUCUCAAAGGGAGAUGUUUUGAUAUGAAAAGUCUGUUGAAGAAAAAGAAAGAAAAAUGUGUGUAUCUGGAUGAGCUAAGCCCACUAGUUUAUGAUUCUACUGGAUGUGAGGAUAUUCCGGUUGAGUUGUUUUAUGGAUAUUGCGAGGAUUUAGCUCGCAACAAUAAAAGCAAAUAUAGAUCCCAAUUCGAGGUUAUUGAGAAUACGACAUCUAACGAUUGUACUUCACCAGAUGCAUUGCAGAAAAAUCUCGACAAGAAUAGAUAUUUGAAUAUUGGAGCCAUGGAAGCUUCACGUGUUCGGUUGAAUUCAGCAACCGGCUCUGACUAUAUAAACGCCAAUUAUAUAGAUUCAUGCGAUAAAAGGAAUGCUUAUAUAGCUACUCAAGCUCCCUUGCCCUCAACUUUCUCUGACUUCUGGGCCAUGAUAUGGCAGGAGAGGUGCAAUGUUAUUGUGGUUAUAACGAACCUGGUUGAAGAUGGAAGGAGGAAAUGUGAUCAGUACUGGCCUUCGUCUAUCGAUACACCUCAAAACCAUGGUAGUUACCAAGUUGGAUUAGUGUCUGAAACACAAAAUGCUCAUUUUAUUCAUCGUAUCAUAAGCUUGAAGCUCAAUAAAUGUGUUCCACCGGCUGAACGAAGAGUCCAUCAACUUCACUUUAAAGGGUGGCCAGAUCAUGGUGUUCCUGAUUCAGUUUUCCCAUUACUCGAUUUCAUGCAUUAUGUAUCAGAUAUUCAUUCCACGGGUCCUAUUGUAGUACACUGCAGUGCGGGUGUUGGCCGUUCAGGCUCAUAUAUACUCAUAGAUAGUAUGCGUUGUCAUUUGAUAAACUUCCGUCGAUUGAAUCUGAUGGGUCAUCUGAUCCAUAUGAGACGUCAACGUGAGAAAUUAGUGCAAACAGUUGAACAGUAUGAGCUGUGUCAUGAAGCCGUAAGACAGUUGAUACGACAUGGCAUCACACGUGUACAUUCUGAUCUUUUCCAAAGAUAUCUACACUAUUUGUCAGAGGAAAAUAUCAAUGGUAAAACCAGGAUGCAAAUGCAAUAUGAAGAUCUUUGCGAAUGUAAGCACAAUCCCACAUGCGUGCCGAUAGGAGACUAUGUUGUGCUUCCGGGCUAUCAUCGGCUUGACGAGUUCAUCGUAGCGAAUUGGAAAUGUGAAACUGAACAAUUGUGGGAAAUGAUUUGGAGUAAAAACUGCCAGACAGUCAUUUUUCUAGGUGAUCAGAGCUAUUGGUCAGGAAUUGAUCGUGUAGGCGAUAUGUCUAUUGAACAUGGUGAUAAUUUUGUUCUUCUACAAAAUAAAGAAGAUCAGCUUUGUGUACGUAUAAUACCGGUGUCUAAACAUAAACUUGCCAAAGAUGUUUGGGAUGAGAUCGAAAGAAUUCAAAAAGAAAGAUUGGCUUACCAUGAUGCACCUCUAGUCAUUUUGAAUCCAUUUAUAACCAAUACCGAUGCAACUCAUACAGAUUUAAAUAAUGGUAAUAUAGAUUAUAAUGAAAAAGCUUUAUGUAAUACGACGUUUCAUUCACCAGAUCUGUCACCGUCGCUACCAUAUACUCUGUGUGCCUUGACGUCUUUAGCAUGUCAGUUAGAGCAGCAAGGAUGUGUUGAUACAGUUUUGACUAUUUCGUCGUACGCUCAAAUGCACUGUGGUAUUUGGUCCUCAAGAUCUGAUAUAGAGUUUAUAUAUAGCAAAUUACAAUCACUAGUCGGCGGAAGCAGGGUAUGA